AUGCCUUCCGAAGUUUCCGACAUUAAGCAGUUCAUCGAGAUCUGCAGGCGCAAGGAUGCUAAGUCCGCCCGCAUAAAGAAGAACAAGAAGGUCAACAACAUCAAGUUCAAGGUCCGAUGCUCGACCAACGUCUACACUCUCGUCCUUAAGGACACCGACAAGGCCGAGAAGCUCAAGCAGAGUCUGCCCCCGGGUCUUACCAUCUCCGACGUUGGCAAGAAGAACCCCAAGGGCAAGCGCACCGCAUAA